AGGUCAGAGAUGUACUUAGUAGAAUGUUUACAACUUAAAAGAAUCUUGUGUUGAUCAACAAACCCGGUUACUGGUUAGAUAUACAGAAUGGUGUUCCCGGCCAGCGGUGGUGCUAAGUUUUUAGCUGACAGCGCUAAAGUAAUAAGAUUUGCUCGCCAAGGCUGUACAAACAGGCCUUUUUUCCAUAUUGUAGUGAUGGAGAGGCACAGGGAGCAGUAUGAUCCAGUCAUUGAACAAGUGGGGAGUUACGAUCCUAUGCCAAAUCAAUUAAAUGAGAAACUUGUGUCCUUAAAUUUUGAGAGAAUCAAGUAUUGGAUUGGGACUGGAGCAGAUGUCUCAACACCUGUGGCAGAGCUUCUAGGAUUAGCAGGUUUCUAUCCCAUCCAUCCAAGGACAUACAUGACAGCCUGGAGGAACCGCCGUAGUGCCACAGAAAAUAAAGAAGUUAAACUAGAAAAUAGUAGUUAGUAUGAACACAGUGAUGUAAAUUUUACUGCAUAUAUUUUGAAAAAUGUAUAAUACAAACAGUUAUAGUUUAUUAAAUAAAACAGCUCUUUAUCUACA